AUGGGUGGAGGUACGGGUAGAGGGGCAGAGGAGGAGUCAGGAGCACCAGGGGGGUGGGAUGCUCAAAUUGAUCCAGGGAUAUACGGAAGGAGGGCUGGGGAGAGGGGAAGGAUGGGACCGGGUGCAGGGAGGGGUGUCUUUGGUGCUGGGAGUGGGUCCGGGGAAACAGGGGACAGAGGGUUAUCUGGUCAGCACGGGCACCCGGUGACUCAGCACGGGCACAGGGCAGUGCAGGGGCGCGGACGGGCAGUGGGGGUGCGGGCGGUGAUGGAGGAGGCAGCUGCAGCAGCCGCUGCUGCUGCCACAGCACCACGGGGGCCAAGCCCUGGGCCAAGGGGUUUGAGUGGGGAAGCAGGGAGAAGGGAGGGUGGCAGUAGAGGGCGAGGGGAGGAAGGUAACGUUGGGCUUAGAGGACGAUUUGUGGGGGAAAGGUCCGCUCAGCAGCUCAUGGCACAUGGUGGGGCGAAGGUGCCUGAGUUGCCGCUAUCUCCCAUGCUAGGCGUGUUGGCAGCAACUGGCGGCACUGCAGCAGUGGCAGCAGCAGCAGCAGCAGCAGCAGCAGCAGCAGCAGGAGGAGGAGGAGCAGCAAGAGGGGUGCGAGCAGGCACAGACAGAGUAGCCAGCAUUACAGUCACCUCAGCUGCGGCCAGGGGUGCAGCACCUGACAACAUCACCACACCAGCAACGAACCUACCUUUGAAGGGUCGUAGGCUGGUGGUGGCCGUAGGGAGCAACGCUGACAGUGCUGGGAGAGUCGUUGCAACCAGUGCCCGCGCUCUGACUCCCCAGCAGGAGCAAGGUCAUCAACAGCAGCUUCAACCACAGCUGCAGAUACAGCAACAGACGCAGCAGCAGCAAGGGCAGGUUCAGGGGAGAGCGGUGGGGCAGGGGUUAGUGAUUCGUGCGCGAGUGGAUGGCGCCUCAGCGUCCUCUCAACGUGUGGUGCAGGCGUCUUCCCUCCCUGCCUCCCAUGUGUCCCUUCCCUCUCAAGCAUCCCAUCCAUCCCACACACCCCACACUCGCCACACGCCCCAAGCACCAGGAGCACCCCAUGCCUCUCAUGCUACAUGGGCAACUGACCAGCGUCAACCUGUGAAGGUAAAUUCGUCCGGCCCUGAGGUCCCACCAGGGAGGAAGGACCUGAAGCGGGUCCGGUCCGAGCAGGAGGCUGCUCUGGGGAACGUGGUUCGGGAUUUAGCCAAUGCGACAGCUGGCAAGGCAGCUCCAGUGAAAGCUGGCGAAGCAAGUGGUCUGUUCUCGGGCCCUCGGCCGCUCUCAGAGCUUCUGAAGCGCAAGCGAGCAAGCGACGAGGGGGGUGGGGGUGAUGGUGGGGUAGCUGGUAGUGGGGCAGAGCAGGAGAAGGCUGUUGGUGAGAGGCAGACGAGGCUGGCGGAAGUGGAGGCGACAGGUGGGCAGGGUGAAGGGAAUGUGGGUAAGACCAGGAGGCUGUCGAGAGUGUUGAGUGGGCGUGGUGGCGGAGAAGUGGGGAAGAAAGCGGCAAGCACAGGAGCAGAAGCGUUGGGCACUGGAGCAGAAACAGCGGGGGGAGAAGCAACAAUUGCAGGCACAGGGGCAAGAGGCGCUAAUAAUGAGGAUGUGGAAAAGGAUGCUGUCCCUGGUGCGGCCGCUGCCCCUGUUUCUGCCCCUGCUGCAGCUGUUGCAGUGGAGGAGAAGGGUGGACACGUGGCUGAUGCCAAACUGGCUGAUGAUGCUGAUGAUGGUAUUCUCCUGGUUCGCAGUGGUAGCUCUCAGUCGAAGGGGGAGAGAGCAAUUGGAGAGGUGGACUUGGGGGAUGCGGAAUUGGUCGAUGAAGAGGACGAGGAUUACGACCUGGAGGGGAAGCUUGGCGAUUUGUGGUGA